AUGUCAAACCGUUUUGUCACUAAGUUCGCUCGUAUCGAGAGUGAAAGUGCUGUUAAGUUAGGAAAAAGAUUUGAAAGAUUAGGAGUCAGAGAGCUACCUAGAUCAAAUGAACAAAUUGAUCGGCUAACAUGGGUCCAAAGAAUGAGUAAUGCGUUUGACAAAGAAAAAAAUAGGGAGACCAGAGAAAAAUUAGUAAAAGAAUAUAACACACCAUACUGGAAAGAUUUGAUUGAAUUAAGGAAAUUUGGCGAAAAGUUAUGGGAAGCUGCUCCGGGACUAGUCAAUGCCAAGGAACAUGUAAAAACAUUUGUUGAGCCAUUUCUCAAAGAUUUUUCUGGUCACGCAAAAAUACAAAUUUUGAAGGUGACUAUUGAGACGAAUUUUGUAAAGUCUUUAAUUAUAAAAUUGUUCGUGAUUCCAUCUUUAAGGAGAAGCAUUCCCGAACCACUUCAUAGAAAUUAUAUUUUUACGUUCAAUAAGGAUACAACCUUGUUUGAAGCAUUGGGAAUGAAUAAUUUAUAUAGGGGAUACACAUUCUUAGUUGAUUCAAAUUGUAAAAUAAGAUGGUCCGCUCAUGGAAGGGCGACGUCAAACGAAUUAGAAACGAUGCUAAAAUUGAUUAAAAUUUUAGAUAAUGAGAAACAUUCUAAUGUUUAG